AUGUCUCUUCACCGAGUCUCUUCGCUCGAGACUUUUCUCAGCGUCUCCGAGGAUGGCUUCAGGUCGCGGCGUGGCUCAGAUGCGGAUAUCGGCGCGUCCGAGAGGGCUCGCAAGCUGACCUUUAAUCCGCUGCCGGAAUCGUGGGAUCCUACGCCUGCGGAAGACGAGCCGCAAAUCACUUCAGUGGGUGCUUUUGAAGUCCCCAGGUGGAAGAGGAUAGCGCAGCUCGUCGCCACCGUCUUCUACUGUCUCUUCUCCGCCGGUGUGGUCUUUGGCUAUGCGGCUCUGAAACCAGUCCUUAAGGAUGAGGGCGCCUAUCGGGAUGUCUGUCACGGCGACGAUACCUGCAUCGAAAUUCAUCUGAAUCUCAUGUUUACCGUGGCUGCCGUGGCCACCAACGUCGCCGCCCUGCCCAUUGGCGCCAUCCUCGACCGCUACGGUCCUCGCGUGUGCGGUUGUCUGGGCGCUGGAUUCCUCGCCGCGGGUGCCCUGGUUCUAUCUUUUGCCCAGGAUAUGCCCUUUGACGCCUUUCUCGUGGGCUAUCUCUUCCUCGCCCUGGGCGGACCCUUUAUCUACAUUUCGAGCUUUCAGCUCUCCAAUGCGUUUCCGCGUCAUUCGGGGCUGAUCCUAGCCCUGAUCACGGGCGCCUUUGACGCCUCGAGCGCCCUGUUCCUGGUCUACCGGCUCAUGUAUGAGGGCUCUGGCGGGUCUUUUGGCCAUCAUGAGUUCUUCUUGGCCUACCUGAUCGUGCCCGCCGUCAUUGUAGUGCUGCAGUUCACCCUGUUGCCGGCACAGUCAUACAAGACGGUCGGCGAGAUCAUUGAGGAUAUCGACCGGCAGGAUAACGACUCCCGCAUGGCUUCGUACGCGGAAGCCGUAGACGACCAGAUUGACGAGGAAACUGCCCUGCUCCGUGAGGAACGCCGCGAGCAGGCGCGCGAGCACCACGAGCACGUGGUCCACGAGAUUGAAGAACUGCUCGGGUCAGCCAAGGCCGACAAGCAGGUGCACCGCGAAGAGGUCAAGAACGAGAUCAGCGGUGUCUGGGGCGUCAUGCACAAUGCCACCAUCCGGGAGCAGAUCUCGUCGCUGUGGUUUUGGCUCAUUUGCCUCUUCACCGUGGUGCAAAUGACACGCAUCAACUACUUUGUCGCCACCAUCCGACCACAGUAUGAACACAUGUUUGGCUCGGAGAAGGCUGCCGAAAUAAACACCUUUUUCGAUGUCGCCCUGCCCCUCGGUGGUAUUGUCUCGAUUCCGUUCAUCGGAUUGAUCCUUGACCGGCUGAGUACCGUCACUGUGCUUGCGACGCUCGUGUCCGUUGCCACCACCAUUGGCGUGCUCGGGUGUCUGUCACUCGAGUGGGCCGCGUAUGCCGGCAUCAUUCUCUUUGUGCUGUACCGGCCGUUUUAUUACACGGCCGUAAGCGACUACAGCGCCAAGGUGUUUGGGUUCCGCACCUUUGGUACCGUCUAUGGUACCAUCAUCUGCCUGUCUGGCCUCUUCAACUUUAGUCAGAGCGGGCUCGACUAUCUCUUUCACAAGACGUUCCACAACGAUCCUGUCCCCGUCAACGUCAUGCUGCUGGGUCUUGGCCUGGCGGUUGGCGUCUUUUUGGUCGUGUUCGUGUGGUGGAAUGUUCGAAAGAUGAGGAGCAAAGCGCUGUCCAAUUAUGGAAGAAUUUGA